AUGGGAGAGGUUCUUAAGAAAGAGGCGUACGGAUUGGCUGUAAAAGACGAAUCUGGAGUUCUCUCGCCUUUCCGUUUCUCAAGAAGGGAGACGGGAGAGAAGGAUGUGAGGUUCAAAGUGUUGUUCUGUGGUAUUUGCCACACUGACUUGAGCAUGGCCAAAAAUGAGUGGGGGUUUACUACGUAUCCUCUCGUCCCCGGGCAUGAAAUAGUGGGGGUGGUGACUGAAGUCGGAGCCAAAGUGACUAAAUUCAAAGCCGGAGACAAAGUCGGAGUUGGUUAUAUGGUCAGCUCGUGCAGGUCAUGUGAAACCUGCACCGAUGACCAAGAGAACUACUGUCCAAAUAUGAUCCUAACGUCCGGAGCCAAGUACUACGAUGGCACAAUAACCAAUGGUGGUUACUCGGACCACAUGGUUUGUGAAGAGGAUUACAUCAUCCGUAUCCCAGAAAAUCUUCCCUUAGACGCUACCGCGCCGCUGCUCUGUGCUGGAACCACGGUCUAUUCCCCUAUGAAGUAUCAUGGCCUCGACAAGCCCGGUAUACACAUUGGUGUGGUCGGACUAGGUGGUUUAGGUCAUGUAGCUGUGAAGUUGGCUAAGGCUAUGGGUACUAAGGUUACAGUUAUCAGUACUUCUGAUAGGAAGAGGGACGAGGCGAUUAGUAGGCUUGGUGCGGAUCUGUUCUUGGUGAGCCGUGACCCGGAGCAGAUGAAAGAUGCAGUGGGGACUAUGGAUGGUAUUAUUGAUACCGUAUCUGCGAUGCAUCCACUUCUUCCGCUUCUUGAUUUGCUUAAAUAUAAGGGUAAACUUAUUAUGGUUGGUGCACCCUAUAAACCACUUGAGCUUCCGGUUCUGCCUCUCAUCUUUGGGAAGAAGAUGGUGGUGGGAAGUAUGGUAGGAGGGAUAAAAGAGACUCAGGAGAUGAUCGAUUUGGCUGCCAAACACAAUAUUACGGCAGAUAUUGAGCUUAUAUCUGCGGAUUAUGUCAACACUGCCAUGGAUCGUCUGGAGAAGGCUGACGUUAGAUACCGUUUUGUAAUUGACGUUGCCAACACCUUGAAGCCUACUCCUUAA